GUUAUUGUCAUUGUUAGUUAUGUAGAGAUUGUAAUAGAAAUAGAAACCAAUCCUGUUUGUUUAUGUCAUCGAGGAUCCUGCUAAAUGGUCAGUCAGAAGUUUAUCAGUCAUUCGUGAACGUCUAGCCAGUAAAGAUGACACUGCGUUGGGGAAUCGUAUCAGCCGGCAAGAUUAGCCAUGACUUCGUCAACGCAUUGAACUCGUUCCCUGACAAAGGAGACCAGGCCGUAGUGUCUGUAGCAGCCAGAGAUAAGAGCAGGGCUGCGGAGUUCGCGAAACUUCAUAAAAUUCCCAAAGUCGCUGAUAGUUAUCAGGCAUUGGCCAAGAGUAGUGAUGUCGAUGUCGUCUACAUCGGUGCUUUGAAUCCUGACCACUAUGCGCUUACAAAGCUGUUCCUGGAAAAUGACAAGCACGUGUUGUGUGAGAAACCGUUCUGUUUGAACCUCAAACAAACGGAGACUUUGAUCAACUUGGCCAAGAAGAAGAACUUGUUCUUCAUGGAAGCAGUCUGGUCUCGCUUCUGUCCCGCUUACAUUUACUUGGAGAAUGAAAUCGCAGCGGGAAAUCUUGGGGAUGUUUCAUUCUUAGAGGGUAACUUCGGAAUUUUCUGCGAGGCUGAUAGGAUGUUCAAAAAAGAUCAAGGAGGCAGUGCUUUGCUCGACAUCGGUAUCUACUUGCUCCAAUUAUCCCAGUACGUGUUCAAAAAAUACCCCGAGAGGAUCACAGCUGUUGGUGAACUGAACAGCGAAGGUGUGGAUGAGACAGAGACAAUCAUUUUGGAGUAUGGAGGUGGCAAGCGAGCAGUUCUCAACACUCAGUCCCGACUGAGGCUCAUCAACAGGGCUACGAUCUAUGGCUCUAAAGGCCGCAUUACGCUGGAGGAUCCCUUCCACUUCCCUGACAGAGUGACUGCCGUCAAUGGAGACGUGAAGAAGUUCCCACUGCACACGUCACCACUUCCGUACAACUUCGAGAACAGCGCGGGUCUCGUUUAUCAGACUGUGGAAGUGGCAAAGUGUAUUCGUAAUGGACAAAUCGAGUCACCCCGUAUGUCGCACAAGGAAAGUCUGGAGCUGGCCAAACUGAGGGACACCAUAAGAAAACAGUUGGGCGUCCACUACGAUGUGGACGAUCAGGAAUUCGCUUGAACAAUCACGGAGCUAUACAAGUGAUGUGCUCAUGUAGGGCCUGUAUUUAUUCGUUAUUUUGUAUAAGAGUUCAACAAAAUGCAUUUUGAAUGGAUUUAUGUAAAUCAUUGUUACUAUAUAUUACAAUGUUAUUAAAUAAAUGAUUUCGUUCAUGAA